AUGAAGUGGACAAUCUCAGCAUCGUCGGCCUCGCUGGUCCUCCUGGGCGCCCUGACGGCUCAGCCGGCCGCGGCUAUGCUGCAGUGCGGCCACAUCCAGGCAGACGGCCAGAGGUUCGACCUGAGCGCUCUCAAGGGGCCGCACUCGGUCCUCACCACGCAGCACACGCCCCCGACCGACCAGAACACGACAUACACGAUAGACCUCUGCGGGCCGCUCAAGCGGAAGGGCGACGUGCCCAAGGGGGAGGAGUGUCCAAACGGCAGUUGGGCCUGCGCAAUACGACGGUUUCGCAACGCCGAAGGCGUCACCGGCAUCGGCCAGGUCAUACCGCUCGCCGGAAACCUCGAGGACCAGGGCGGCAGCGCGCUCAGUCACACGGCGACGCGGCUCAAGACGGCCGACUCCAACGCGGACGCCCAGCGCGAGGGCCUCCGUCUAGUCCUGCAGGGUGGCCGUUACCCGCUGGACGGUCCCGUCAGCGACCGCCAGAACCAGCGCGUCAUCGUCGAGCUGCUCUGCGACAAAACCCGCGAAGGCACCGAAGGCGAGUGGAUCGCCGACGAAUACGAGCGCGACGGCACCGCUCCUGGCUCCAGCGCCCCCCCAGCUGACCCGCCCUCCAACUCCACCACAUCUGCUGCCGGCCUCGGCUUCUCGCUCGCCCAGGAGGGCCCCGCUGAGAAGCAGCUGCUGCGCGACGGCGAAGCUGAGCCGGCUCUCGUCUUCCAGGGCUACGACGUCCACGACACCGACGGCUCCUUUGGCACGCUCCGCCUGGCCUGGCACACCCGCUAUGCCUGCGAGGGUGCUGCCCGCGUCCGCGAGCACUGGGGCUUCUUCACCUGGUUUGUCAUCUUGGUCUUCCUGGCCACCGCAGCCUACCUCAUCUUCGGGUCGUGGCUCAACUACAACCGCUACGGCGCCCGCGGCUGGGACCUGUUGCCGCACGGCGACACCCUACGCGACGUGCCCUAUCUGCUGAGGGACUGGGUCCGGCGGCUGAUCAACACGCUGCAAGGCAGCGGCAGCCGUGGCGGAUACAGCGCCGUGUAG